AUGGCCGGAUCGGACAACGUCGACGUCGUGGAGCAGGCCGUGACGCUCUUCUACUCGACCUUCUCGCAGUACGCCAACCUGCCGCGCGAGGCGCUGACCAUCGCGGCGGCGCCCGGCCGCGUGAACCUCAUCGGCGAGCACACGGACUACAACGACGGGUUCGUGUGCCCGCUGGCGCUGGACAAGACGACGGUGGUCGUGGGCGUGCGCGCGCCCGCCGAGUCGGCGGCCACCACCAAGCUGGCGUCCGCGAGCUUCCCGGGCCAGGUGCUCGAGUUCCCGGCCGACAACACGGAGCAGCUGGACAAGACGCAGCCGUCGUGGGGCAACUACCCCAAGGGCGUGACGGCCGAGUACCUCAAGCACCUGAACCGCAAGGAGCCCCUGGGCGUGCACGCGGCCAUCGUGAGCACGGUGCCGUUCGGCAGCGGCCUGAGCAGCUCGGCGGCGCUCGAGGUGGGCUUCGCCACGUUCCUCGAGAGCCUCUUCGAGAUCAAGGGCGUGUCGGCCAUCCAGAAGGCGCUGCUGUGCCAGGCGGCCGAGCACGAGUACUGCAACGUGCCGUGCGGCAUCAUGGACCAGUUCAUCUCGUCCUGCGGCAAGAAGGACUGCGCGCUGCUCAUCGACUGCCGCACCAAGGAGCCGACGGCCGUGGCCUUCCAGGACCCGGACGUCGUCAUCGUCGUGUGCAACUCGAACGUCAAGCACGAGCUCAACGGCGGCGAGUACAAGGAGCGCGUGCUGCAGUGCCAGGCGGCCGUCAAGGCGCUGCAGACCCACGGCCACCCGCAGAUGACGCACCUGCGCGACGCCACGGUGCCCGCGCUCGACUCGGUGCGCGAGGCGCUGGGCGACGAGGUGGUCUACCGCCGCGCGCGCCACGUGAUCACGGAGGACGAGCGCACGGUGGCCGCCGUGGACCACAUCCGCGCGCGCCAGUACGCCGAGGCCGGCAAGCUCAUGUUCGAGAGCCACGCGUCUCUGCGCGACGACUACGAGGUGAGCACGCCCGAGCUGGACUACCUCGUGGAGACGGCCCGCGGCUGCGAGGGCGUCUUCGGCGCGCGCAUGACGGGCGGCGGCUUCGGCGGCUGCAUCGUGGCGCUCGUGCAGCAGCAGCACGCGCAGAAGCUCAUGGACACGCUGGAUGCCGGCUACCCCGCGGACAAGUUCGGCUCGGAGCUGCCCAAGCCCGCCAGCUUCCUCACGCGCAUCGGUGACGGCGCGCACGUCGUGCAGGCGGGCGUCCCCACCCCGGCCUCGGCUUAG